AUGUCGGACAUUUUUCUGAAGGCGAUGUGGGAGGCAGCCGAGGUUGUUCUUUCAAAACCUCCUGAAAGAAGAGAAAAAGAAGAAAUUGAAAACAUCUUGGCGUGGUUUAGACACCGCAGCCCGCUGUUCAAAACACUAGAAGAUGAGAUCCCAGCUGACUAUCCUCGAAUAAAUAAAAUAAACAAUUAGAGCAUCGAAAAAUCUAAAAGAGUUAUUCUUAUUUUGUGACAAUUUUUCAGUUUCUACGUCAUUCUGAAAGGUAGUGCAGCAGUGUACACAAAGAAAGAAGGUGAAGGAGAAGUCCACGUGUCUCACGAGACGAGCGUUCGAAGUCACAAGGAAAGGCUCGUGCUUUUUGGUACAGAAAUCAAUAACCUUAAGGCUGGGAGAAGCUUUGGUGAAUCUGUUAUGAUGGAAGAGAGAAAAGAGCGGAACGCUACCGUCAUUGCAGACGAAGCGACGACUAUUAUAAGCAUCGAUGACAAGCUUUAUCAAAGAACUUUGCUGAGUCACAAUUUGGAAUGGAAAAAUAAGACAGACUUUGUAAGAAAUUCGCCUCUUUUUAAAGAGUGGCCAAAUGCAUACAAGAGUUUGUUGAUAGAAAAUCUGAGGUUUCAUAAAGUAAACUUUGGAAACAUGAUUGUGAAGCAAAACACGCCAUGCAACAGUCUUUUCUUCAUCGCUAAAGGCACGGGAAAAGUGAUCGUUGAAUCGAGUGUUGCAGCCAAGCAGUACAAGUCCUUGAAGCCAAAGAAAUCGAAAGUAAUCGAAAGUGCCAAACCAGAAACGCCAAUGAAUGAAAACGAGGAAGAAAAGGCGAUGACAGUGAUCGAGAGACGGCGCAAGCGUCUCCUAUUUGGUUACAUUGCAAUGGAGAGACGUUUAAGGGCUCGUCAAACACAGAUCGCUGUAAUAGGAGAGAAUGACAUCAUUGGAGAUCUAGAAAUGGUCCUAGAUCUACCCACCUUUAGCGUCAGCGUAGAAUGUUUGGAAUCUCUUGAAUGCUACGAACUUGACAAAGUGAAUUUCCAUCGAUUGAUUGUCAAACGAAAUCCUGAGACCUUAGAUAUGAUGAGAAAUGUAGCUGUAGCUAAACUGAAAUACCGCUUAAACCGACUAUCGCACAUUCCGUACUACCAACUACUGCAAGACCCAAAGCUUUGGUAG